AUGGAGCCCCUUGAAGUGACCAUCAUUGAAGGUGUGGGGGAUGAAGUCACUGUUGUGGCUGGCGUCAUGGUCCUUAUCAUGGCCCUGGUCCUGGCCUGGCUUUCCACAUAUGUGGCGGAUGGUGGCAGCCAUCUUCUGGGAACGGUUGUGGCUACUGGAGAUUCAGCAGUAAUCCACUUGAGCCCCAUCGAACGCUACGUGGGGAACUCGGUGUCAGAACAGUCGGAGCCCCAAGGUGCUGCAGAAGGGGCUGAAGAGAAGGCAGAAGAGGGUCCUGCUUCUGAUGCAGGUCCUGCAGUUGAGCAAGGAGACAGCAGCAGUAGUUCAGAUGCUACCUUAGACCGUCUGUUGGACAUUCAGGGCCUGUCCCAAAGGACCUUUUCUAUUGCUGAUGAUUCGCAAGAGAACCAGAGAGUUCCACAAGCUGUGCCUGUCAUGGAGGAGAGUGAACCAAACCCAGGAUUUAUCAAGGUGCGCCUCAAAUUCCUCAAUGACACAGAGGAGGUGGCCAUUGUGAAGCCAGAAGACACCAUUGGCAUCCUCAAGAGCAAGUACUUCCCAGGCCGGGAGAAUCAGAUGAAGUUUAUUUACCAGGGCCAGCUUCUCCAGGACCAGGCACGGACUCUUCGCUCUCUCAACAUCCUGGACAAUUGCGUAAUCCACUGUCAUCUUUCUCAGACUGCUACCUCCGCCAUGCCUGACCCAGUGGUUGCACCAUCGGAAGCUGGCGGUAUCACUUUGAGCAUGGGCAACCUGAUGAUUCCCAUUUUUGUGGUGAUGCUGGCAGUCAUCUGGUAUUUCCGUAUCAACUACCGGCAGUUAUUCACAGCCCCGGCCACCAUUUCCUUGGUUGGGGCGACUGUCUUUUUUAGUUUCCUUGUUUUCGGGAUGUAUGGACGAUGAGCAGCCAUGGGGAAGGAGGGAGUGGCCUUAGCUGCCAAAUCUUGAGUGCUCUCUUGUUUCAUACUUCCACUCAUUCAUACCCUGUGAGGGACAGACAAAGCUCUUAUCCAGAAUUCUCCGCUGAUGGAGGUUAGAGCCCCACAAACCCUUUGAGUUGAAAAAUUGUACUUAAUGUCUACAUUUUCUAUCGCUACAGCAUUUGGGCAUCUUUGAAGAGUGAUGCUAGAAGAGGGGAAUGAGACAAGUAUAGAAAAGAGCAAGGCCACAGGCAUUUGCUCUGAUCUCGCCCUACUCUCGGGAUAGAAUCCUUUCAGCUGUCAGAAGCAUUGCCUUGCUGUCGUCCGGCUUCUAGGCCUCAAAGAGAGAUUUGGCUGCCACGUUCUCCUCCACAGCUAGGACUUGGAACUUGGUGAUGAUUUUAUCGUAGAGAACCCAUUUGUACUGAAGUACAGUUCCUGUCCCUUAUGCUCUUAAGACUUCUGAGCCCCGCAAUAGAGGAAACGGGCUCUCCACCUAAGCAUUUGCCUGUUUAGUUUGCUGCUGCUACUGCUUUGGAAAGCAUGAAUGGAAUGAUCUUUGAGCUCAUGCUUCUCUCCAUUUCACCGCCACUAAUUACAUGGUAGUUACACAGUGACGCACUGUGAACUAGUGAGACACUUGCCUUCUCCCCUCCCACCUUGCCAAGAUACAUGCACCUUGAACUAUGUUCUGAAAACACUUGCCCACUUCUUACUGUACGGACUCCAUUGAGAUGCUCACACUACCCCUGUGCUGUAGAAAAGAAGAGCCCUCUCCAGAGAGGGCCAUUUGCAUGUGCACACUCUGCAAGGAUUAUGACCCCGAAUGCCAUUAGUAACCAAGAUGCUUGCAUGGUUUGCCUCUUAACUGUCUAUAGGAAGAACAUUGGCAGCGCUUGGGGGUUAACCAGGUUGACUUACAAGUAUUGAAACCACACGUAUCUCCUUGGAAUUCACGGUCAUUGGUUGAGAGGGCUUCAAAUAGAAGACAGACAAGCUGAAUUUCCCUUAUUGUCUUCUGCGUCAGAGGUGACAAUUUUACAUUGAAGACAUAAAAGACCAGGACUGGUAAAUGUAAUCACCAGACCCCUCUCUGCAAGGUUGUAGGCGACUUCCCUUUGAGCUUGCUAAAGUAUUUUAAAUCCCACAACUUGUCUCUUAAGUGGAGGGAGUUAUUAAAUUUCAGGCCUCAUGGUUGCUAACCUAAGUUGGAACUUAAUAACCAACUUCAAAUAGUUCUGAUGGUAAUUAUCAGUGCCAAGUAAUUUCCCACUCCUCAAAAUCAAUCUCUAGUAUUUGUACCACUGAUCCAGCUUUUAAAAUCAAGGCAUUUAUUAAAAGUUGUCAGAAAUCAUUCUUUUAAGUUAAACCUGCGCUUGACAUCCACUGUGUGAAAUGUACUAUAAAAAUCCAUGCAGAUUUUAUGUCGUCGUGUUUUCUUCUGUGGAGUUAGUUCAAAUCUGCUUUAAGAUGAAGGAAAAUAAAAACAGGCGUCUGAAUAACUACCUCUGGGUACCUGUGACAAUUAAGCAUUGCCUCUAAAUGACUAGGCAGGGAAGCUUUUUGUGAAAUUUGGAGAGAUUGAAUUCUUCCCCCUGCCCCGCCCCGUCUUUGGUGUGCUACAUAGCUUAUUAACAGAUGAGUGAGUGGAUGUGUGUGUAUGUCCAGUUAUAUACUUGCUAAAAAGGACUUUUGCUGGAGCUGGGAAGUUUCCAUACCCAAAUUUUAUAUACUUUACUAGUUGACCCUUCCACGCGUUGCUGUGGGUUAUCCCUGUGGCUGCCCCCACCCUGUGACGAACCAUGACGCGUUGCUGUGCCUGACUCAGGGUCCUUGUUUCCCAGGAAAGGGGGAGGAUGUGUCCGUUUCCCCCUGGACUAUGUUUUUUCAUCCCCCCCCCAUGGUUGUGUCUUAUCCCUGUGAUUACUCCCAUCCUGUAGUGACCCAUGAGAUAUCCCGUCUGUAGGCUGUAGAGGCGAGACCUAGUUUGUAGGCUUUAAAGUAGAGGCGAGGCCUAGUAUGUCGGCCUUGGCUUGGGCUAGUAUUUAAAUGCGAGCCGAGGCCUCCGCCCUGUAUCUCCAUUCCUGACUCCGUGGGUUGUCUGGUAAUGGCUGCCUUGGUGGUUUCAGUUGCUCGGUUGGUGACAUCAUUAUUUGGCGCUGCACUUCAGAGCUUUUGCUGGUGACAGUGCGUGAUCUGCCUUUCUAUUGGAUGCUGCUGGAGUCUUCAGAGUUUCUGCUGGUGAUGUCUAAUUUGUGCACCACUUUUUUGUGUUUAAUCAUUAUUUUAGGUAUGAAAGCUGUGCUUUACUGGAAAAAAAUUUAUGCCAGAUCCCUCCCUGAUGGGCAAGCUAUGCUUUGUCCUAAUUUGUUGCAUUUUGGUUCAGCGGUUACGGAGGGUGUUACAUCCGCGCACGCAGUGGGAACAUCAUAUAUAGGCUUUUCACACCACCAAAUUGGGAACACCUUAGCUACAUCAUGGGGAAGCAGGUGGCGCUGUGGGUUAAACCACAGAGCCUAGGGCUUGCCAAUCAGAAGGUUGGUGGUUCGAAUCCCCGUGACGGGGUGAGCUCCCGUUACUCGGUCCCAGCUCCUGCCAACCUAGCAGUUCAAAAGCAUGUCAAAGUGCAAGUAGAUAAAUACAGUGGGAAGGUAAACGGUGUUUCCCUGUGCUGCGCUGGUUCGCCAGAAGCGGCUUUGUCAUGCUGGCCACAUGACCUGGAAGCUGUACGCCGGCUCCCUCGGCCAAUAACGCGAGAUGAGCGCCGCAACCCCAGAGUCGGUCACAACUGGACCUAAUGGUCAGGGAUCCCUUUACCUUGCUACAUGAUUUACACCAGGCAUGUCCAACUCGCAGACUGCAAUCUACUCCUAUAUAAAACUGGCAGUGAUCUACCCGGUUGUUGAGCUUUUUGGGGGGAGGCUUCAGCAAAGUUGUGUUGUUUUUUUGGGAUGCCCCGCAAUUGACCGGUAGAUCGUGAUCGACCUGUUGGACAUCCCUGAUCUACACAGUCUAAAACAGGGUUGCCUAACUUGUGGUUCUCUACCUGCUUGAUUCCUAUCAGUCCCAGCUAGCAUGGCCAGCACUCGAAGAGAUGAUGGGUGUAAUCCUGCAACAUACUCAACCAGAACUAGCCUUACAGCAAGAUUGCGUGCUCUAUGUAGACUCCAAAUUUUGUUUCAAGAAAAGGUAAACUUUCUGGGAGUUGGAUAGCACAUGUGCUUGCUCCUGCAAUUUACUCUAGCUUUUGAGAAGGAGAAGGAGCUUUGUAGAGCACUGGUCUCUUCCCCAACCCUGCAAAGCUGUUUCUCUGUAGCUUCUUGAGAUUUCACAACGUGCUUAUGCCUGCCUUUUGACAAUUAGAUUAUUUUAGAGGACCAUGUCUACACACUCACACUCAAGUCUUUCAGGUGCUGUCCAAAAUUGCACUUUUUUGUAAAUGCAAAAAGCCAAGUACCCUCUGGUUCAGGCAUCCCAAAACUUCGGCCCUCCAGAUGUUUUGGACUACAAUCCCCAUCAUCCCUGACCACUGGUCCUGUUAGCUAGGGAUCAUGGGAGUUGUAGGCCAAAACAUCUGGAGGGCCGCACUUUGGGGAUGCCUGCUCUGGUUUCACCAGAUCAUCUGAUUCAACACUGUACUCUCUAGAUGAGGAUUGAGUAGGCAUUGAAAGCAACAAUUUAACAGAACUAAGAACAGCCAUGGACUGCAAAAAGAUCAAACCUAUCCAUUCUGAAGGAAAUCAACCCUGAGUGCUCACUGAAGGACAGAUCCUGAAGCUGAGGCUCAAAUAAUUUGGUCACCUCAUGAGAAGACAAGACUGGGGGGAAACUCUGAUGUUGGGUAAGAUUAAGGGCACAAGGAGAGGACGAGAUGGUUGGACAGUGUUAUAGAAGCAACCAACAUGAAUUUGAUGAAACUCCAGGAGGCAGUGGAAGACAGGAGUGCCUGGUGUGCUCUGGUCCAUGGGUCACGAAGAGUCGGACAAGACUACCUGUAAUUGACUAAGCAACAAAGAACAGCCUGAGGCUCAAAUACCAAGCAGAGUUGCAGUUUAUUUACACAGGCAUUCCGCAAUCCAUGGAUGGGCAGAAAAAAAAAUACAGAUUUGACAGGGUUGUUUUGUUUUUUAAAAAAAUCUAGCUACCUACCUGUACAAGCUGAGAUUACAUACACAAAACAAGUUUUAAAAAAUAGUAAUUCAUAGACCACAGUACAGUACUUACUCCAAUUAUUUCUGCACAUGUUCAAAGAUAUCACAUAGGUGCAGUUUGUACAUCAUCAUCAACAAAUUAAAAACCUCUCAACAGUCCACUCAUGAUAGAAUACACGGGUUUGUUUUUUCUUCUUCAAGUGAAACAGGCCUACCUUAAAAAAAAUUAAAGGGUGCAAGUGCAGAUACAGAGCCAUAUAUAAAAAGACCUAGGUCUUCACCCACCCCACCCCUCCCUCAAUUAAUGUUCAAAAUUCCCCAGAUGCUACACUUCCCAGGUUAUCUGCAACACUAUCCCAAAGGGUUCAGUUGCAACCAUGGAGGCUGAGCAGGGGUCUUCCUUUUCCCUCAGUCUGGCCACUUUUGCGCCGCUUCAGUUUUACAGGUACAUAAUUUUAAUGGGGUAGCAACUGGUUGUCAGACAUAGAGAAGGCAACUGAUCCUGGUUUGAAUAAAAGUCUACCUCUUCUUCUUCCUUACUAUUUCUCCCUGGAAAGAUAUGAUUCGGUUCAACUAGUUAAGUCAGAAGCAGGUGCAAGUCUGAUCAUUGCCUGCAUAGCACAGGCCGUCAAGUCAUGUUUUCAAAAACAUUUGCUAAAGCACAACAUGAAGCAUUGGUUUCUAACGAUGGGGGAGUGCAGAUUGCCAUAGAAGAAAACAGGUGACCUUUUUUUUAAAAGGUUAGUUUCAUAAGAGUGUAGUGCAGGGUCCAUCUUCAAGACAAAAGAACUACAAUUCAGCUGGUAGAGCUCCAAGUCAUGCUAUUUAACUUUAAAUAACAUGGAGUUCUUGGGGCGAAAGCUUGCCUCAUCCUCUGAACAGUCCCUGCAUACCUUGUACCUUUUGCCUAGGGAAGCAAAGUGAAGAGAAGCAGGGGGGUGGGGAAAGAGAGAGAAAACCAGUAAUAGUGUUAGCUUGCUGGGUAGGCUACCUCUACUUCCAGACAUGCUGAACAUCAUCAGUUGCACACUCCUGUUCAGUGACACAAUCUGGGCCCUCACAGGCAGGAAAAGUGUGAGAAACUAAGGAGGAAGCAGGAAGACAUAAGGGUCUUCGGAGACCCUCCAUACAAACACCUGAACAUGUAGUGAAAAGUUUUCUGUUUCGGGACUGUAGGAAGUGAUUGCUCAGAGAAGCCUCUCCUUACAGAACUGAGCCCAUGAAUUUUAGCCGUGGCAAAGGCAGACUUUCGUCUGCAAACCAACUGGCUUUUUCAGCUGCUAUGAGAAUGGAGGAAAAGGUUCUACAGG